AUGAGCUUUAGCGCCGCAAGAGUUGCGGAGCAUGUCGCUGAGGUCGAGGACGCAAGGGGGAUGCCGGCAGAGGUGAGCUGGGAGAUGCUUGACAAGUCGCGGUUUUUUGUACUCGGCGCCGCGCUCUUCUCUGGCGUCUCCGCGGCGCUGUACCCGGCCGUCGUCCUCAAGACGCACCUCCAGGUUGCUGCCCCACCACAGGCCGCGGCCUCGGCGGCAGCGGCGGCGAUUCUCCGGCGCGACGGUCCCCGAGGGUUCUACCGUGGAUUCGGUGCGUCCCUCGCGGGCACGGUGCCCGCGCGCGCGCUCUAUAUGGCGGCGCUCGAGGCCACCAAGAGCGCCGUGGGCUCUGCCGCGCUACGCCUCGGCGUCGCGGAACCGGCCGCCUCCGCUGCCGCCUCGGCCGCGGGCGGCGUCUCUGCUGCCGUAGCGGCGCAGGUCGUUUGGACCCCGGUCGACGUCGUCAGCCAGCGCCUCAUGGUCCAGACGGCGCCCGUCGCUGCCGCCCGCUACCGCGGCGGAGCCGACGCCUUCCGGAAGAUCCUACUCGCGGACGGCGUGCGCGGCCUGUACCGCGGCUUCGGUGUCUCGGUGCUGACCUACGCACCCUCCAGUGCCGCGUGGUGGGCCUCCUACGCGACGGCGCAGCGGCUCCUCUGGCGCGCCGUCGGCCCCGCGCACCACGACAGCCGUGGCGCCGCGAUGGGCGUGCAGGGUGUGAGCGCCGCCGCGGCGGGAAGCGCGGCCGCGCUGGUGACGAUGCCGCUGGACACCGUGAGGACGCGGCUGCAGGUUCUGGACGCUGGGGCGCAGGCGCCGACGCUCGCGGCCGCGGCGUGCGCGCUGGUUCGGGAGGGAGGAUGGGCUGCUUACUACCGUGGGCUUGGGCCGAGGUGGGUGUCCAUGUCGCUGUCUUCGGCCACCAUGGUCACCACCUACGAGUUCUUGAAACGGCUCUCGGCCAAGGAAGGCUCCCUCUGA